AUCGGUCUCAUCCGGCGCUUUUUCAACCGUUCGUCAGCUUCAUCGCGCACUCUCAGUGUCUUUCUGUAUCUGUUACGUGUGUUCGCCUCUUUUGCGCCCGUCCUUGUGCCCUUUGUGUCCUUAGUUUUUGAUUUUGCUUGUGCACGAUCGAUCCGAAACCAUGAGCCAUUGGCAGUGUUUUAUUGGAUUGCUAUUUCUUGCCAUCAUCUGCAUACAGAAAAGUGGUGCUAUGUCAUGUUAUGACUGCAACAGUGUUAACGAUAAACGAUGCCUAGGUGACCUAAACAAUAAGUUAACAGAUGAUAUGAAGAAACCAUGCCCAGAACGAAAAGGAAAACCAUACACUCUUUGUAGAAAGAUCAAACAAGUUAUUGAUUUUGAAGUCAAUGGAUUACAACCAGACAGCAGAGUAAUUAGAACUUGUGGGUAUGAAGACAGCCAAUACGCCAAUAGAUGCUACCAAAGGUCUGGUUUCGGUGGAAGACAAGAAGUAUGUGCCUGUCAACACGAUGACUGUAACAACAGUUCAACAUUAUUGGGAUCCUUAUCUCUUGUGUUUGGAUUAUUUUUAUUAAAAUGGAACUUCUAAAUAUUUUGCACGUUCCAUAAAUGCUCAUUUCUAGUUUUUUUACCAAUUUAUUUUUAUUUCAACACAUGACAAGUAUCAAAAAAGACCCCACGUCUUCGUCAGACGUGUUUAAUAUUUUUAAUUUUUUUUAGGCAUUUUUGAAAGAACAGAAUAAAAUCAUUUUUUACUUUAAUUCUUAUAAUAUACCUACAUUAAUUUAGUCGUAAUUUUAUUUUGUUUUUUACAAUUAAAGUAAAAUAUUACACACAUUAUCAAAUAAUAAUUGAGUACCUAAGUAACAAAGGGCAAGGUAGUUGAAAAAAGUUUAGUAAAUAAUAUUUUCCUUUUUAAAACUAGUAUAUUUAAUAGAUCUGCAUUAAAUUAUUAGCAGCAAAUCUAUACAAGGUGUCUAAAAAGUAUUGGCAGAUAUUUAAGGAAAGAUUAGUUUGAUUUAAGUAAAAAUUUAAAAACAAUUAAGGUAGUUGUAAAGAAAUAAUUUACGAUGAACAUCA